UCACGUGACCGUCAUGUGACCUCAGACAGCCAAAUGAUCAGGAAGUGAGACUUGUUUACAAAAUGUUGCUAAUGGCCGUAUAUUAGUAUGAUUGCAAAUGGCUUGAGUGGAAAACUACAUGUAGCUGUAACUAAUGAAGACUGUUCACAGCCAGGUGACCUACAGGGGCAGAGACAGUAUGAGGGCAGCAGAUCUGUUUAUUCUGAUUGUUCUUCUAACCGGGACAAUCACACACAUCAGAGCAGGCAGUGAUGAGUGCAAGGCGAGGUCCUUUGGCCAGAGCUCUGUAGUGUGUGAAUGUAAUGCUACAUACUGCGACUCGGUUGGUCAUGUCAGCUUGCCUGCUGUGGGCCACUUCCUGUCGUUCCUGAGCAGCAGGGCGGGUAGGAGACUUCAGAGGGAGCAGGGUCAAGUGCAGAAGAACAGCACUGGAGCAGCUCUCAGGAUCACUCUGGUCCCCACAGAAAAGUACCAGCAUGUUAAAGGCUUUGGAGGAGCCAUGACAGAUGCGGCUGCCAUGAACAUUCUCUCUCUAUCGACUAGAGCCCAGGACCAGCUGCUCAGACAGUACUUCUCCCCAGAGGGUAUAGAGUACACUGUGGUCCGAGUACCGAUGGCCAGUUGUGAUUUUUCAACUCGUCUGUAUACAUACGCUGACUCGCCUGAAGACUACAGCUUGCUCAACUUUAGUCUGUCUGAAGAAGACACACACAUGAAAAUUCCCCUGCUGCAGUGGGCACAAGCCCUGUCUGCUCGCCCGCUGUCCCUGUUCGCUUCUGCCUGGAGCUCCCCAGCUUGGUUGAAGACCAGUGGUGAGCUCAUAGGGAAGGGCUUGCUUAAAGGAAAGCCUGGGGGCAAAGAGUAUAAAACCUGGGCACAGUACUAUAUCAGAUUUCUGGAAGAGUACAAGAAGCACAAUCUCUCAUUCUGGGCGUUGACUACAGGAAAUGAACCUACUGCAGGUGAAAUAACCAAUUACAGCUUCCAGGCUUUGGGUUUCACUCCUGAGCUCCAGCGUGACUGGAUUGCUCUGGACCUCGGUCCUGCUCUCCAUUCAUCCCCAUAUGCCAAAACCCGCCUUAUGAUCCUGGAUGACCAGAGACUCCUGCUUCCUCACUGGGCCAAAGUGGUUCUGAGUGACAUUCAUGCUGCUCGAUAUGUCCAUGGCAUCGGCGUUCACUGGUACUUGGAUAAACUAGUUCCUGCCAAAGUCACACUGACGACCACACAUGACCUUUACCCAGAGUACUUCAUUUUGGGCACAGAGGCGUGUCCUGGUUGGACAAAACUUGACCGUGGUGUGCGGUUGGGCAGCUGGGAAAGAGCUGAAUAUUACGCCCAUGACAUUAUAGAGGACCUAAAUAACUAUGUGAUCGGAUGGACAGACUGGAACUUAGUGCUAGAUAUGAAUGGUGGACCAAACUGGGCCAAGAAUUUUGUGGACAGUCCCAUUAUCGUGGACCAAAGCAGGGAUGUCUUCUACAAGCAGCCGACAUUCUACAGCAUGGCCCAUUUCAGCAAGUUCCUGUGGGAGGGGUCUCAGAGAAUAGGUGUGUCCCUUUCUGAACACACCUCACUGGAAUGUUCUGCCUUCAUCAGACCUGAUGGUUCAGUAGUGCUGAUCGUUUUAAACAGGUCUGAUGCUGAGGUGCGAUUUGAAGUCUGGGAUCAGACCUUGGGAUUUCUGCCUGCAAGCGCUCCCCCUCACUCCAUCCUCACACUACUGUGGGCUACAUCCUAAUUACCAGUAUUCAAGCAUAGCCUUAAGCUACAAUCUGUUUAUGUCCCUUGACACAGUCAUGCAAACGUUAACAGAACAAUAGACCACUGGAUAUUUCAGAGAUGAUGCAAAUAAUCAUACUUAAAAUCAUUUCAGUGCUAAUCAAACUAACAUAUAGCCAAAACUGCAUGCGGGAUAGCUGUCAGGAAUCCAGUCCACUAACAGUAUUUUGAGUGACACAUAGUGGGGGAAAAGAACUUUUGUCUUGACAAAAUUAGUUUUUUGAGUUCACAGGGUAAUCAAGGCAUGAUCCUGGGACUGAAAAUGAAUAAUAAUGAAUUUUGCACUCUUGUACUGUUUGGAACAGUUGGCAGUGAUUGAUUCAGCCUGUUUUGAUUCUGAAAAAGAAAAAAAAAAGAUUCUGGAGAUUUAUAGUCAUUAUCUUUUCAAUUAAAAAAGUGUUAUGUGUAAGUGUGAGAGCGUGAAAAAAGGAGAUGUGGAAGAUUGAAUAUGCAUAAUUUGUCAUUAACACUGAGAAACUGCAUUUACAGUCACUUGAAACUUCAGCAUGUGCUUGACCUGCUUUUAAUGUGAUAAUCUGGUAGACAGUUUGAAGCAAUGUGUACAUAAUUGGAUGGAAACAUUUCCACGAGGUUUUGACAGUAAAGACUGUUAUUAUCUUAAGAAGACAGCGUUGGUUUUAGGAGGCUUGUGAUGUGUUUAAAAAUGCAUAUGCAGUGACAGAGUGCUCGGUCAGAGGAAUGUAAGAGGCUACAGUUCAAAUACAAACAACAGUAACCUUUGUGAUCCACGUCUGACUUUCAUUACAUGAAUUUCAUUAAUGUCGUUAACAAAGCUAAUUGGUAUUGCUCAUCGAUCAUACACAAGCAUCAUGACCUUGUGUAUAACCAAUAGCAAUCUGUCAGGCUGAAAAUGUGGAAAAUUAGUUUAAUUAGUUUAUGUAUCAAACUGAUCACUUUUAAAUGAAUACUAAAAUGCAACCAAAAUUAGUUGGGGAAAAAAAAAAAAAGAGAGACUGAACAA